CUGGGGGAAGGAAGAAAAUAAAAACAGAUCUCUUUGGCUCCUUUGAUGCUUUCCAAGACCACAGUGUCAACAAACAAUUGUCGAUGGAUGAAAGACCUGGGUGCGUUUCUUCGGAACCAGAAAUUGCCACGGGUGUCAGAGAAGAGAAUGAUGGGGUGAAGGUUCAUGCGUCUGAGAGGCAGGGGGAAUGCAACAGGCACACAAUAUUGUAUUGAAACACCCACAUUCUGUGACGUGUGUGGGUGAGUGUGCUGGAGUUCACAUUUGUUUACCUGCUACUAUGCUGAGCCAACAGUAACCGCCUCGCUCAUUUCUCUCAAAUUUAAUUGUACACUCCAGAGCCAUGCAGCCCAGCUCCCUUAGGAUGGGAUUGUCAAGGCUACGAUGCAUCUUCGGGCUCUUGAGAAAUGCAUCUCGCACUGUGCAUUCCACGAAGCACACUUUGCAUGUUUAGAACCAGCUGGCCAUUUCCAUUUUUCAGGAAAAGAACAGCAAACUUUUCCCUGUUUAUUGCAAACAAGCUGCUUGUUGGACAAAUAGCAGCUGUGUGGGAUGGGGAAGAGAUGUUGCCAGAUGGGAAAUAGGAAGCUAUGCUAGCUAGGGGAUUCUGGGAGUUGUAGUUCAACACAUCUGGUGGGUGCCAUGUUGGGGAAGGCUGCUGCAUUGUUUUAGCCUUCCUUCCAAAGCUGAAAUGGGGGGAUGGUGACAGAAGGAGCCCCUCAAUAAAAGGAGGGGGAUCUUUGUGUUUUCCCACCUAACAGUUUUUUAAUGUAAAGAAAAAUGCAGAAAAAUCUCCCCCCUCUAAUAUGAAGUUACCCUGCUCCUGUUGCCUCAGUAGCAUAACUGUGCACCAUUUCGAGCUUUUCUCAUCACUGCCUCCUCACAGCUGUUUACACGUUCUGAAGAUGGCAUUCUGGCCUUCAGUUCCACUUUUCCUUCUAAAGAGUACUUCCAGGAAGUUGGCAGUUUGGCUCAGUUCAACUCGCUUUAGCUAGGCUCGGCUCGGCUCAGUUUGGUUUGGUCAGGAGCAGGGGAAUGGGAUCUUAUUUGCAAAAACAGAGGGAGAUGCUCUUGUCUCUUUCGGGAUGUGCUUAGCUUUUAUGCCACAGUGCCACCAAGAGCUUAAGUAGCGGGAAAACAGGGCUCAGAGUUCAUUUCUGUGAUGAAAGCCAUUGUAGACACAGCAAAUUAACAGCCUCAUGUAGAGAUGCGCUUAACUCUCAUCUCAAUUUGUGGCACACGUAGGCCCAAAUGGAAGCACGUAGGCGUGUAUCUUGUGGUGGCUGGGAAGGAAUGGGAGAAGGGAGAAGACAGAUCUCAGGAACAGUGCAAUGGCUUAGAUGGAUGUACUUCGUGCAGUUUUGAAACUGGGGUGGGUGGUGCUGAAACUUAGAGGAACGGGCCGCCCACAGGAGACCCAUCCAUGGGAAAGGUUUCCUUUCGCUUUAAGACCACCUAGAUAUUUUGUGACAUUCCCUGCUGUUAUUUCGGCACGUUUCUACCAUGCCAACUUGAAAUGCAAGUUUUAAUAUGCACCACCCGCCCUGAAACCUGUACUGUAUGAAGGUGUGAAAAUUAGCAAAUUGGGUCAGUUUGGUGAGGAUUUGGUCCGAACUAAUGAUGUCAAGCUUUCUGCCUGAGUAAAAUGAAUGUGAUUUCUUAGAGUAAUUUCACCACUAAGGGUUGCAAAGGAUUUCUGUCCUUCCUUCCUCCCCUGCCACAAAAUGGGGAUCUCCCUUGCCCUAAGUGGCCCCUGUACUUCAGCCUUGGUGUUGUUUCUCAUCAGAGCAGUUGAUGCUCCUGGAUGACUCUGGAAGUGGCUGCCCUUCCAGAUUUAAAAUAGGUGUUAUUGCUGCCAUUGCCCAUAUUUACUUCACUUUCAUUUCUUUUCUUUUCAUUGGGCACACCUAGGCCUUUACGACAAAUGUUCCUACACGACCCUUGACCGAGGAUGGGUCCUGGGGAUUAACAACGUCAGUGACCAGGGGAACAGAGAUCCACGCUAUUUUUUUUCCUUGAAGACGGACCGUGCCCGGAAGGUUACCACAAUCACAGACCACCGCAGCUACCUCCCGAAUCAGUGGGUUCACCUAGCAAUCACUUACGACGGACACCUGAUGAAGCUCUAUGUGAAUGGUGCCCAGAUGGCAGCCAGCAGGGAGCAGGUGGGGAGCCUCUUCAGCCCUUUGACCACAAAAUGCAAAGUGCUCAUGCUUGGUGGGAACACCCUAAAUCAGAAUUAUCGGGGUUACAUAGAACACUUCAGCCUUUGGAGAACAGCCCGGUCUCAGAAGGAGAUCUUGUUGGAUAUGACCCGGGCGACUCAUGGAGUAGAAGCUUCUCUACCUCAGCUUGUUUUUCAGGAGACUUUACUGAAUGUGAAAAGCACCUGGUCCCCCAUGAAAGAUAGCCCAAGUCUUCCUCAGAUUGAGUUCACCUCCCACCCAAGUUACCUGCUGGACACUAGCCUUGACCCUCCCCCAUGUGGGCAAACUGUCUGUGACAACGUGGAGGUCAUCACCAGCUACAACAAACUCCCGAGUUUCCAGCACAAGAAGGUCGUCCGCUACCGUGUGGUGAACAUCUUUGACGAUCACUACCAGAACCCGACCGUCAGCCGCCAGCAGAUCGAGUUUCAGCAUCAGCAGCUCAACGAGGCCUUUGGCCCUUACAACAUCACUUGGGAGCUGGCGGUGCUGGAGCUGAAGAACUCCUCGCUUCGACACCGCCUCAUCCUGGCCAACUGCGACAUCAACAAGAUCGGCGACGAGAACUGUGACCCAGAAUGCAACCAUACCCUGACCGGGUAUGACGGCGGGGACUGCCGGCACGUGCGCCAUUCGCCGCAGAACAAGAAGCAGAAUGGCGUGUGCAACAUGGAUUGCAACUAUGAGAAGUACAGCUAUGAUGGCGGGAAUUGCUGCAACCCGGAGAUCACCGAUGUGACCAAGACAUGCUUUGAUCCUGACUCUCCUCACAGAGCCUACUUAGAUAUUAAACAGCUGAAAAGUCGGCUUGAACUGGAUGGCUCUACACACCUCAACAUCUUCUUUGCUAACUCCUCAGAAGAAGAACUUGCUGGCAUGGCCACCUUUCCAUGGGACAAAGAAGCGCUGGUACACUUGGGGGGGAUCGUACUCAAUCCUUCCUUCUACGGCAUAGCAGGUCACACCCAUACAAUGAUCCACGAGAUAGGGCACAGCCUUGGUCUCUACCACGUCUUCAAGGGCGUCUCCGAGAUCUUCUCCUGCAGCGAUUCCUGUAUGGAAACAGAGCCUUCCUUUGAGACAGGAGACCUCUGCCCUGACACCAACCCAACUCCGACUCACAAGAUCUGCGGUGAUCCAGCCCCUGGCAGUGACAUGUGUGGACUCCGUAGCUUCCAGAAUACCCCGUUCAACAAUUUUAUGAGCUAUGCAGUACCAUCCAGAUGGCAACUGGGAGAUGUGGAAUGUGCAAAACAAGAGUUGAAGACGACGACUGCACCAACGCCUUCACACCGAACCAGGUGGCCAGGAUGCACUGCUACUUGGACCUGGUGUACCAGAGCUGGCAGACGGUCAAGAAUCCCGCUCCCAUUGCCAUCGCGCCGCAGAUCGUGGACCAGACGGACACCUCCGUCACCCUGGAGUGGUUUCCUCCCAUCGACCGGCACUUCUUUGAAAGAAGUGGGAUCAGCGUGUGAUCUCUGCAUGGAAGGCCAAGUCCUAGCACAAUAUGCCUUCAGCGCCUCCUCGCCGAUGCCGUGUGACCCGUCAGGUCACUGGAGUCCCCGAGGAGCAGAAGGUCACCCUGAUGUGGAACAACCAUGCAAACCUGAUGUCAGAACAUGGAGUCCCAAUUCAGUGGUCAUCAAGCAAACUGUCCCACCAGCCUGCCCUGAACCCCAGGGCUGCUACCUGGAGCUGGAGUUUCAGUACCCGGUGAUACCAGAAGCGCUGACCAUCUGGGUGACCUACGUAUCUCCUGAAUGGGAUUCCAAAGAGGCUAUAAAUGACAUUAAGCUCUUAAUGGUCAGUGGGCAGAACAUCUCUCUUGGGCCACAGAACUUCUUCUGUGACAUCCCCAUGACCAUCAGGAUGGACGCAAAGAAGGUGAACAAGGAAGUCCUUGGCAUCCAAAUCUACACCUUGGAUGAAUUCCUAGAAAUCGAUGCAGCCAUGAUAAGCUCUGUCCCAGAGAGCGAACAGUGUGCCAGCUGUCAGCCCAUCAAGUACAAAGUAGGCCGGGAGCCUCCUUUUCAGAAGGACUCUUCCGUCAUCAUCACUGACCUCAGCCGGAAAUUUGUGGACACUGAGGUUACAGCUGAUAGCUUAUACACCUACUGGGUUUCCAUCAUUUCUGGGACAGAAGAGAGUGAGGCAUCCCCUCCGCUUACAUACAUCCAUGGAAGGGGCUAUUGUGGUGAUGGGAUUAUCCAGAAGGAUCUUGAGGAAGAGUGUGAUGAUAUGAACAAGGUCAAUGGAGAUGGCUGCUCCCUGUUUUGCCGGCAAGAGUUGUCCUUCAAUUGUGUGGAUGAGCCAAGCAGGUGUUAUUUCCAUGAUGGCGACGGCAUCUGUGAAGAGUUUGAGCAGACAACCAGCAUCAUGGACUGCGGGGUCUACACACCCAAAGGGUUCCUGGACCAAUGGGCCUCCAAUGUGUCCGUCUCACAUCAUGAUGAGAGAUGCCCAGGGCAGGUGGUGAUUGGUCAGCCAGCAGCAAAUCAGGUGUGCCGGACCAAGCUGCAUGAAUUCAGCGCUGAAAUGGCACAGUAUGCGUGGUACCCGUGCACCGCCAACAACACCCAUGCCAGUUUCUGGCUUAAGGCUUACUUCUCACAACCCAUGGUAGCAGCUGCCGUGGUCAUUCAUCUGGUCACUGAUGGAACUUGGUUGGAGAUGGACCUUGAUCAGAAGCAAGAGACUAUUUCCGUGCAGCUGAUCGAUGCUGGAGACCAAAGUCAUGACCUUGGGGCCCAUGGUUUGAGCUGCCGGAAAAACCCCCUGGUGAUUCCUGUCAUUCAUGACCUCAGCCAGUACUUCUACCACACCCGAGCAGUUCUAAUCACCUUCAGCUCGCAGUUCGUGGCAAUCUCAGGGGUGGCCCUGCGCUCCUUUCACAACUUUGACCCCAUCACCGUCAGCAGCUGCCAGAGUGGACAGACCUACAGCCCGGCGGAACAGAGCUGCGUUCAUCACUCUUGCAAAUCUACUAACUGCCAAAAGCUGGAGAUCAGGAAUGCCGUGCUGAUGUUCACCAGUGGGGGACAUUCCAACGGUGGCCAGUGCAACGUCACCUGCAAGACAGGACACGUCCUCCAAAUACAGAGAGGAGACGAGCCCGCAAGACGGCAGUGGGAGGCCAGCAUCACCAUGACAUGUGUGGAUGGGAAGUGGGACAAGCAGGUUUCUUGUGAGCCCGUUGACUGUGGAUUCCCUGAUCAAUAUCACGUCCAUCCAGCCACCUUCACCUGCAACGAAGGCACCACCUUCGGCAAGAGAUGCUCCUUCACCUGCAAGCCUCCAGCCCAGCUGAAAGGCAGCAACAAUAACCUGGAGUGUCUGGAAGAUGGACUGUGGUCUUUCCCCGAGGCUCUCUGUGAACUGAUGUGCCAGGCCCCUCCAGAGGUCCCCAACGCAGAGCUCCAAACUGCCCGCUGCCGGGAAGCCAAGCACAAAGUGGGCUCUUUCUGCAAGUACAAAUGUAAACCGGGCUACUACAUCCCAGGAGCUUCCCGCAAGGCACGGAAGAGGGCCUUUAAGAUGCAGUGUGCAAAAGACGGGACUUGGCUUGGAGGAGCCUGCAUCCCCGUCACUUGCGAACCUCCACCCUCCAAAUUCCAUGGGCUGUACCAAUGCACCAAUGAUUUUCAGUUCAACAGCGAGUGCAGAAUCAACUGCGAAGAGGAUGACGCUCAAUCAGAGCAUGGAAACAACGUGAUUCAUUGCCGGAAGGACGGCAGCUGGAGCGGCUCAUUCCACCUCUGCAGAGGGAUGCAGGGCCAAUGCACCCUUCCCAGUCAACUGAACAGCGGUCUAAAGCUGCAGUGUCCGGAUGGAUAUGGCAUAGGAGCCGAAUGUACCAUCUUGUGCCUCGACCAUCACAGCGAGCCCGUUCUACUGCGUGCCAAUGAAACCUUACAAGACAUUCAGCACUGGAUGAAACCUCCACGGGUUAAGAAUGUCGUCUGUACAGCCGAACUCAAGUGGUACCCGCAUCCUGCCCUGAUCCACUGCAUCAAGGGUUGCGAGCCUUUCAUGGGAGACAACUACUGUGAUUCCAGCAACAACCGAGCCUUUUGCAACUACGAUGGAGGGGACUGUUGUGUCUCAACCGUGAAGUCUAAAAAGAUCAUUCCGUUCCCAAUGUCCUGCGACUUGCAGGGAGAAUGCGCCUGCCUCGAUCCGGAGGCCGAGGAGCACAAGCAGCGCGCUCCUCACGGCUUCAGUCUUGGAUAACGCAGAGCACCGAGGGAGAGAAGACACCGCGCCAUCGAAGGCAGGCAAGCAGUCAUUCCAUCCCCCUUUUCUUGGUAUUGGUUUCCAGCAAUCUCAGCUGCUCAACUCAAUGGCAUUUCUGCACCAGGGACCUUUAGAAUUCAACCAGUCUGCCUUUACUUUGC